AUUUUCAAUCCAUACACUUACGUUUAUUCUGUAGAAAGAGCCUAUGCUCUCGUUCACGCGUGAAACCGCGAGGUUAUGUGAUGUCGAUGUUGAUCAAGCUAUUCCAUUUAGAUCGGGACGCCAAAACGGCGCUGAGUCUGAGUGGUCUGAGCAACAAGAACAAAAAAAAAACACUAACACUAUAUAAUUAAAAAUAAAACAAUCCCAAAAAGGGGCAAAAUGCAAGUUUGCCUUCGCCUGCGCCCAUCGUCAUGUCCCCUAUGAUGUCCCCUUCACAUCGCGCUCGCAGCUUUGCCAUAGCCUGCCAUAGUCUUGCAGAAAGCAUAGAAGGCUUGACUGCCGGGCCAGUUGGUACAUAGUUGAAGAAAAAAAAGGAAACCGUCACAAAAGACACAGGACAAGAAGCGAUUUUCACACCACAACGAUUGUUACAUCGUUAUCCAUGUAACAAAAGCACCCUCUGAUCCAUAGAGUUAGUAGAACAACUGAUCAAAACGUGGCUGUAGUUUAGUCGUUGUGGUGUGAAUAUCUCUUCUUGUCCUGUGUCAUUUGCGACUGGUUUUUGUUUUUUCUUCAAGAAAGCAUAGAGUUUCCUACAAUAAAAAGAAACUCUAUGGCUGAAAGCAAGUAACUGCUGCAAUAGCUGUAUCAAAUAAUCCAUACCACAACAUUUGAGCUUGCUGCAAAACUUAAGAAAAGAAACAGAGCAGCGGUAAGCGCAAAAUUGUUUUUUUUUUUUUUCGGUGUAAUGAAUGGUAAUGAGAAAACGCACGUUCCUGUAAAAAGCGGGCGUCUUCUGAACACUUUGGCCAAGCUGGCGCGGUGGUCGUGCUUGAUAUGAACCAAUACGAACGCUGUUGUUGGAAAUCAAUAGAUGGUAUACUAAAGCCUGGAAGUUCGAAUUAAUUGUGGCACGGUGUCAACGGUGUCGUGACUCGUGGGCUUUAUCCUCUUAUCAUUGAGUUCUUCCGCACAGAAGAGAGCUCGCGCGCGGCCGCGCCAUGCCGCGCAUGCGCGCGAGUACGUAUUGGUUUGGAGUUGACGGAACUCGCGCGCGGCUGUCCAGCAACCAAGUGUUAUUGGUGUUAUGUCGGUUGUCGCGAGCAUUGCGAGUGAGCUCGAGCCCACUUUGCGUUUGCAUUUUCGCGCUUUGCUUCACCACGGGACAAGUGCUGACUGAAAACUUCCAUCGUGGCGUAAUGCCAAGUUCGCUCUUGAAUGGUGCACAGUUUGUCGCCGCGGCGUAGUGACAUCCCGCGACAGUUAUGUUCGCAACGCUUCCUGACAGAAACAGCGGUUGCCAUGGACUGUCGUCCAAGCCACUUUGAAACAAAGCCAUGGAUCUUGUUGAACCUGAAAGGGAGUGCCUGCAGUUCUACAUUGACCCUGGUGAACUGCCACAAGAGUUGGCAGGUGCUGUCCAAGCAAUAAAACAGGCAGCCGAAAGUGUCCUGUUUCGGUGGAAGAAAUUUCCCCUGCGCCUGCCAGCACCCGUCUUUGAUCUUCCGCCUGCUUUGCUCAGCUCUGAUGGAGAUGGCCGCAAGACUCGCACAACCAGCCUGCGGGAUGUGUUCACAGCACCAAACUUUGAUGAGGCCGAUGCCGUGGUGCGGGAUGCCAAGGGUCGGCCGCCCAAGCUGGACCAGACACAGCUCCACUCCGUCCAGGACCGUGGGUAG